CAACUCAAUCAGUUCGGAAAUUUGGUAUGUAUGUAGGCAGACUUUCUCCGGGUGAAACGGAGUGGGGGCGACCUUGUUAGAGGGAGGCUGGCUGCUGGCUGGCACCUGCGCCUGAGUUUACACUUGUCACUAGCCCGCCGCGCGGAACCGCCGCGCCAGACAUACAAACGCGUCGGCACGCACGUGCUCGCAUCAUAUUUUCAGUGGGAUUUUUGUGGCUGUGUGUGUUGGACUGUGUGGUGGUUUGCUGUGUAAACUUUGGAAGAUCAAAACUUGAACGAUGCGGCUGCGACGCGGGCUGGCUAUAGGCGUCCUCCUCAUAUUACACUUGAGUGGAACUCUCAGCGACCAAACGUCAAACGAGAGUGGCGGGGGUGGCGGAGGUGCUAACGCAGACUCCAGCAAUGCCGUCGAGCCGUCGGCUGACCAGCUGGCCAUGGAGUCCUCAGAGCGAGAGACGCCGAGCCACGCGUACAAUGGACCCCCGCCGCCGGCGCCCCCACCACACAACAGAAGACAAAAUCCACCACAUCAUCAGCAACACCACGCAUUAGGUAUGCCGAGGAUCACGAAUCAUCAUCCUAUCCACUCGAAACCAUUUGCUCUGGGGCCGCCAGUUAGUCACCAUAAGAACGACAUAGGACCUGGCUUCAGAGGUCCACCCGCUCAAUCUGCUGCACCGGUCGACGCUCAAACAUCUGCCAGCGACAAAGUGUUCAGUGGUGCCGGAGACGUGUGGCCGGCUCCUGCUCCUGAUAUGCCUAAAAUUGUUUCUUUGGACGUCAAGUGUGAAAAGAAUGCCAUGCGAGUUUUUCUGAGUUUUGACAAACCGUUCUUUGGAAUAGUUUUCUCUAAAGGGCAUUAUUCCAAUCAUCAAUGCGUCCACCUGCCACCCAACCUAGGCAGAACAACAGCAUCGUUUGAGAUUGGAGCUCACGCUUGUGGAACAGCCGGUAGUGGGGAUCCCAGAUACAGAGGAGACGUGACGGCAGCUGGUACAUACUUUGAAAAUGUUAUAGUUAUUCAGUACGACCCACAGGUCCAGGAGGUUUGGGAUCAGGCUCGAAAAUUACGUUGCACAUGGCACGAUCAGUAUGAAAAAGCAGUCACUUUCCGACCUUUCCCAGUAGAUAUGUUAGAUGUUGUACGCGCCGAUUUUGCUGGUGAUAACGUUGGAUGUUGGAUGCAAAUACAAGUGGGUAAAGGACCAUGGGCCUCUGAAGUAUCAGGUCUGGUAAAGAUUGGGCAAACUAUGACCAUGGUGUUGGCCAUUAAGGAUGACGAUGCGAAGUUCGACAUGCUUGUACGAGACUGUGUAGCUCACGACGGUCAACGCGCUCCUAUACAAUUAGUCGAUAGGCGAGGCUGUGUAACACGACCGAAACUAAUGUCAAGAUUCACGAAGAUUAAAAAUUUCGGGGCCAGUGCUUCUGUUCUUUCAUACGCACACUUCCAAGCAUUUAAGUUCCCUGAUUCCAUGGAAGUGCACUUUCAAUGUACCAUACAGAUUUGCAGGUAUCGCUGCCCUGAGCAAUGCUCUGAUGGUGGUCAAAAUGUUAUUGCUCCCCAUGCCGAAUACGGGCCUCCUCAGAUAGACGCUUUCCCAGUUGGCGCUGAAGUAAGAAGAGACGAGCGAAGAGUACGAAGACAACGUCGUGCUACAUCGCCUGAAAAAGAAGUAGGAGUAAACAGAGUUAUACGUGUUGUUUCCGCAGGAGAUUUAAAUUUAGAUUCUACAGAAGAAACUGCUGCUCCAAGAAUUGUACCCACUCCUGGUCUAGUUUGCAUGACUACUCCAGGGUUCGCAGCGACCCUCGGAGCGCUUCUUGCCACAUUAGUAUGUUCGUGCGCUGUAUCAGUGGUGCUUUUCUUAAAACUAAGACCCAUAACAACUUUGAAGAAAAAAACAGCUGCCAUUGCGACGAUAGCCCGGCCACAUCCACCAACAGCUCGGUUUUAUUCGUAACAUUCAUUGAUAUAAUUUAAUUUGUACAUAUUAGUGUGAUGAGACUGAAGUAUGAUGUAGACCAUUCCAAUUUCAUUAACCUGUGCUAAAUAGUUUGCUCAAUAUAUUAAUGAUCAGAUUAAUACGCAUCCAAAUAGUGAUGUUUAAAAUAAUAAAAAUAUAAUUAAUUUGGCUUGGAAUUUCAUCCACAACACUGCUCAAUUUUAACAAAAAACUUCAGUGACGUCGUUAAUUUGUUUCCUAUUUAUACAAAAUUAUUAGUUUUUGCCUUUGUAUUAUUGAUAUAUUUUAUAUUUAUUGAAAGGAAACUACCCGUGUACUUUACUCUUAAUUAGAACAAAUUAUUAUUUUACGACACAAAUAUAGUAUUAAAUAAUAUAAGUACAAUCUUCUGUUACCUCUUUGCAAAUAAGAGUAGGUAUUUUUAUUUGUCUCAGGGGCAACGGAAAAUACAUGCGUGGUAAUAACAAUCAGCAUUUAGGUGAACCGCUAGAAAAUAAAUUAAAAUAACUUGUCAUUAGUAUUAAUAAUUAUUUAUUCUAGGUAAGUUUAUUGCUGUAGCCGCAUUGCUACAUGUAAUAUAUUUAUGUUAUACCGCCUCAGUACCUCUUCUUUUUUAUUUAUUGUUUUUCUUUACAGAUAAAGGAUUUAUGAUACGUUACUUACUUGUUUUUUUAAGUUAUUUAUUGUGAUUGUUUUUAUAUGCAAUAUUUGAAAGCAUGCCAUCAUUCUUUAAUACUUAUACGUAGUGAAGAUCAUAAUUCUGUUUGACGGUUAUAAAU